CUUCCCUGACCUUUAUUACAUCAUAGAGUGUGAAUGUCAUGAUACAAGUUGGCACUAAGACAUAGACCUUUUAGAUAUAGCCCCUGUUCAUCAGAGUGAACCCACCUAUAAUUGAUAGAAAUCUUUCAUCAGAGACGCACUGUUUAAGACAGACUAAAACCACAGAUUGUGAUUCCACAGCUUGAAUCCACCAGAAAAUGGAGUCAGCCAGUAUGUUGCCGAACUGUGAGACAGAGGAGGUACUCCUUAAACAAGAAGAUGAGUUGAAGGCUCAAGUCCAAACUUAUGAAGACAAGGACAAGGUGCUUGCUGCCAAGCUGGAGGACCAGAAUAAAGAAAUAGAGUCUCUCCGCCAGCAGGUGAAGGAGACAAACAAGGCCUUGCAGGGUGCUAAGAGAGAAUGUGAGGGACUCCACAAAAAGAUUAAGUACCUGAAUGGUUUGGUGACUCGAGAGGGCGCCAUGAGAUACCAGGAUGCAUCCAUAAGAAAAGGGCUUAACCAACAACUGAAUGAGGUGCAGAGACAGUUGGAGGAAGAGAGGAAUUUGAAGGACAAGUUUAUGGUGGCGGAGAAGAAAGCAAGGAAAGAAGCAGAACGGUUGCAAGAGCUCCAUAACGUCUUGAGCUAUGUGAAGUCUGCUCAAGAUGAGCCUGAGAAGACAAACGUGGAGACACUGGAAAAACUGGAAGCACUGACAGUCGAGUACAGCAACAGCAGAGAAAGGUUUGCUGCACAGAUCAAGGAGGAACAAGAUAAGAACAUGGGUUUGCAACAAGAACUUGAGCUGAUAAAACUUUCAUACAAUGAGAUCAAGCUCAAGUAUGAAACUGAGCUCAAGUUUGAGAAAGAAAAAAGUGAUAACCUACAGAAAGAGCUGCAACAGGAGAGAAGAUCUCAUGCAGAAAGGAUUUCAACUGAUCUGGAGCUUUUAAAAAAGCUGAGUGCUGCCAAGGAUCGUCUGUAUCAGCAGAAGGAGGAGGAAAUCCGAAUCCUGCAGGAAAAUGCAUCAGAGAGGGAGAGCUCAUUUGCCAAAGAGUUGGAAGAUCUCAGAUCACAACUCAAAGAGCUGACUUCAACCAACCUCAAACUCACUGCCAACGUUAAGGCAGAGGAUGAGAACUCUCAGGACCUUCAGCAGGAAACUGUUGAGCUACAGGUCAAGGUGGUGCAGCAGGAAAAGGAGCCCCUUUGUGAUUCGCAGGCCCUUGAGCUACUGGACGAGGUCGGUGUCUCAGCAGAAAAUCUCCCAACAAAAACUAAGAAGUCCUCAAUAUGGAAAAGGUUCCGCCACUUACUGGGAUUGAAGAAGAGAAAGAGGACAAAUCCAUAGUGCUACUAAGAUAGUACACCCCACACACACACGCUGACCUAGGUCCUUUUUGGGGAUCAUUGUCCCCUAUGAUACACACACACACAUACUCUCUCUCUCUCUCUCUCACACACACACACACAUGCGCACACACAGAUACAAACACACAUAAACAUCGCCUGUUCCCCAGCUGUACAGCAGUAUAUAGGCUGGGGCUUUCUCAUGCUUUAUUUCUCAUAUCUCACCGCACAACUGGCACAGCAUGCAAGCGCACGAACACACACACAAACACACACACACCAUGCCAGAGAUGACACUUGUGCAAUUGACCAAAAUAAAAUGCUUUUGGAAAAUAAAUUGACUUUUCUCCUUUCUUCAUAGGGGAGUAUAUAUGGUCAAUUUUGACCCAUAA